GGGGAUCAUUUCGGGUCCUGGGAUCAUUUCGGGUCCUGGGAUCAUUUCGGGUCCUGUACAGAUCUUAUCUCUACGAGCUAAAAAACAUGGAACCGUUGCAGUUUCUCCUUCCAGAAAAGUACCAAAAAUUUGCCCUACUUAUCCUCAACUGUCCCUUCGGAAAGGUCAAGAAAUUCUUGCCGAUUCUAUGGCGAAAGGCAGUCUUUACGGUUUGUGUGGAUGGCGCAGCGAACCACUUACAUACACACUUCUUUUCGGAUAUUGACUCGGUAUUUUCUGAAUACGAGCUUGAUUUUGUCCCAGACUUUAUAACAGGGGAUUUUGAUUCGAUAAAUAAGCAUGUCCUUGAAGAUUUAUCUGCACGAGGGAGUCAAAUAAUAGAAACACCGGAUCAAGAUCACACGGACUUUACUAAAGCACUGAAGUUUGUGUUGUCUCGAAGCAAUAUUGACAGUUUGUUGGAUUCUGUUGUUGUCUUGUGUGGACUUCCGACAGAGUCACGUUUUGAUCAAGUGUUCGCAAAUUUAAACACUUUGAUGAUUGCAUCGAAAAUAAGUGACAAGCCGGUGUGGUUCAUUUAUGGCGAGUCGAUGUCAGUUCUUAUUCAGCCAGGUAAGCACACAAUUAAUGUGCAGUCAGGUCUGGAGGGGGACUGGUGCAGCUUAGUCCCUAUUGGUCGACCAUGCACCGAUGUGACAACCUCUGGCCUUAAAUGGAAUUUGGAACAUAGCACCCUUGAGUUUGGAUCACUGAUAAGUACCUCCAACAUGCUUGAUGGCACUGGAUUAGUCAACAUAGAGACAAAUGAGACUUUACUAUGGACAAUUGGAAUAAAGUCUUGCCUUGAAAGUCCCUUUUGGGCCCCCUCCUAUUAAAAAUCCUGGCUACGCUGCUGUACCUAGGGUGAUGGAGAAGGCAAUAAGGGGGGUAGUGGGUGAGAUAGAGCAGUAAGCACAUGAAUAAGGAAGGCCAACAAGGUGGUGGGUGAAGGAAAUUUUGGAGAGAAUAAAGAGGAAUGGAACAAUAACCAAACAAAUAAUUGUCACAAUAAAUUAUUGUUUUUUUACUAAACUAUUAAUAUAAUUUUUACAAUUAUACAAUUUAUUCUCUUGGUUAAAGCAAGAAGUACAAGAAAAUGUUCCUUUUACAGACCCACAAAAAUUGAUUUCUAUGUAAAUUACGCUAGAUGGAAUAUUUCCCAAGCCCUAAUAAGACUUAAAUAAUUUUUUUUCUCAGAAAAUUGUUUAUUUUAUUUUGGUGUUGUUUGAAGCAAAAAAUAUUCCCCUUUAUGAAUAAAAAAUAUCUGGAUUAUAGAUAAAAAUCCCUGUUUUACACCUUUUUCAAAAAUGAAAAAUGUAUUAAGUGCUUAAUUUAAAGUGCUUAUUUGAUAAUCAAAAUUAAAUUUAAACAAGAAAUCAGUUUUCCCUAUUUUCUUUUAAAAUGCAAUACAUUCAUAAUCUAUGAUAUUUGACACAAAUAGCUUAGUAUAGACUUUUUAAUCUCUAAAUCAAAGAAUAAAUCCCUGUUUGUUUUUAACAUAACUGCAACACUUGAAAAAAUAAGUGAUCCUAUAUAAAUAAAAGAAGAUCAAGAGUUGAAAAAA